CUACAUGUCAAAUUUUGAUAGCACACACCCGAGGCGAACUAAGGUCCAAUGGAGUUGGUAGACGACCUGUGCCUGUCGAGAAUAUUGACACUCCUAGACCUGCCCGACCAAAUUGCGAUGCUUCAGACCUACGAACGCUGUCGUUUCCUCCUCGGUAGCCUAUGGCGUCACCGGCUAACCAGUAUCUCGCUUAACUUGCUUGAGGUACCCCUGCAAGGAGAUGACUUCAAACUUCUCUUGGGGAGCACAUGCCAUAAACUGCAGGAGCUCAGGAUUAGCUACCUAGGCAGAAAUCACUUUGAGGAGUUGGUCGGACACAAAUAUCCCAAUCUUUGGCUGCUGCAAGUGGACUUCCUGCCUCCGUUUUUUCUAUGCCCCAGAAAAAGACUUCAGUUAAAGAAAAUUAUCCCAAAGUUCUCUUACCUUGACAGUUCACCCACAAUGGAUCAACUCUAUUGCCUCUUAUGUAUGUUUAUCGUUUCUUCUCACUUUACAGUCAAUUUUGAUCACUUCCAAAUCCUUCGCGCAAUUGGGAAGGGAAGUUUCGGAAAGGUCUGCAUUGUCCAAAAGCGGGAUAGCGGCAGCCUAUACGCCAUGAAAUAUGUUAGUCGCUCUGCCUGCGAGCUUCGUGGAGCUCUUGGCGGUGUCAUAAAGGAGGUAGAAUUGCUAUCGUCACUGGAGCAUCCGUUUCUUGUCAAUUUGUGGUUCUCGUUUCAGGAUGAGGAGGACUUAUUCAUGGUUUGCGACCUGUUGACUGGCGGCGACUUAAGAUAUCAUUUACAAAACCGAGUGGAAUUCUCCGAGCAGAGUGUUGCCUUAUUAGUGUGCGAGCUUGGCAGUGCAUUGGAGUACUUGCAAACGCACCGAGUGGUCCACAGGGACAUAAAGCCCGACAAUAUUCUCUUGGACGAUGCAGGACAUGCCCAUUUGACUGAUUUUAAUAUUGCAACGAGGUUGCAAAAGGAUGCAUUGGCCUGCAGCAUGUCGGGGACGAAGCCGUAUAUGGCACCUGAGGUGUUUUUGUGUGCCCUGGACGAAGUGGCCGGAUAUAGCUACCCGGUGGACUGGUGGUCACUUGGCGUCGUGGCCUAUGAGAUGCGGGGAAACAUUCGACCCUUUGUUGUGCACUCAAACACGCCCCUGGCGGAGAUCAAGAAUAUAUUAAACACCCCUGUGCACUAUCCCCGCUACUGGAGCAGCAACUUUGUCGAUCUGCUGCAGAAGCUACUCUCCACUUAUCCUGGUGCUAGGAUCAGCACAAAACAGGAGCUUCAUCAGACCCCCUUGCUGCGUAACAUUGACUUCCAGAAGGUGCUCGAGAAGAAGAUAAAGCCUAUCUAUAAGCCCCCUGAAGACCACCUCAACUGUGAUCCCUGCUUGGAGCUGGAGGAAAUGAUUGUGGAGACGCGGCCCCUGCAUAAAAAGAAGAAGCGUCUGGCCAAACAGCGGUCAGCACAACGCGACAGCGAUCCCGAAACCACGCUGGUCAAAGAAUUUAUAGUUUACAACCGCUACAAGGAGUUAAAGCGCAAGGCCAUGGAACAGAAGGAGAACGAUUGGCAGCGUGAACUUGAACUGGCCAUGGCCAACUCCAUCGUAAACAGCCUGGCGCCCAUCCAAGAGAAAGCCGCCGCAUCCAUCGUGCACGUUGCCGACUGCACGACCGCAUCAGCUGCAGCCGCCCAGUCAAAGAGUGACAGCAUUGAGUUUAUCGAUCGCACUCCUUCACCUCAAUUUAAACAAUCGGCUGGUAGCAAGUUUGACCUGGAAAAAAACUCAAUUCAAAAUUAAUACCGAAAGAAAGUUAGGGUUCGCGAAGCAACAGGUUUCAGAGAGCACACGUUUCCAGGCCCACUAACCCAACAAUGACUUGAGAGGAAUCCUCCACAAUGAACCAGAAUCUAUUUUCCGAGCUGCGCUGAAUUUCACUUUUUGUACAUGUUUAUAAUAAUUUUAACAUUAUAUAUCUUUUAGGGUACUUUAGUUGUAAAAAUAGGUUUAAGCUCCAUUGUACAUACUGUUAGACGAUAGUCCAAAGGAAAAAUAAACGAGAUAACAGCA